AUGGAAUCUGAUUAUUCAUCUGAGGAAGAUGCAGAUCAUAAGCCUACAGCUUUAACUAGAACAACGAACGCGCUGGUCAGGUACACCCGGCCGUUCUUCUCAAAACAAGCCCAGAAGGCUUAUUUGGGAACCUUGCUAUUUAUUGGCACGGGCCUAUGCAUGCUGUUUGGGUCCGCCCUCGCCUAUGGGGUUUUCUACUAUCGAUUCGUUCCCCAAGUCGGCGUUGGACGCGUGGUACAUUUACAAUUCGGUGAUGGGCAUCCUUGGGGAAUCGCCUCCCUCGGCUCCGAAUUGGUCUCUCUUCAGGCAUACGACGUCAACGUGGAACUUGAGUUGCCUCGUACCCCCUCAAACCUUGCUGCUGGGAAUUUCAUGCUCGAUCUUACCCUCGUUUCCCAGCCUUCGACAUCUGUCCUGACGGGCACGAAUAGCUCUACAUUCCCUCUCUCACGAUCGCGACGUCCUGCCAUCCUGACAUACGCCUCGCCUCUAGUGGACACCGCCAGCAAGCUCUCACUUAUGCCGUUCUAUGUGUUUGGCUGGACACGGGAAGCAGAGAAGCUGGUGGUACCAAUGAUGGAACGGGUUGAAUUUGCUCGCGGACGGCGUAAUCUGCCUGAAAGUUUGCGGCUGGAAAUUCAUAGUAACGAGGAGAUGCAAAUAUACAAAGCAACGGUGGAAUUCAAAGCUAGGUUUACUGGAUUGAGAUGGAUGAUGUACAACUGGAAGAUCACGUCGUUCUUCAUCUUUAGUUCCUUGUUCUGGAGUAUCUGUAUGACGUCGGCAAGCAUUUCUUGGGUGAUUAUAGCUUCCUUAUCAAGCACGGGCACGCAUGAACCGGAGAUGAAGGAAGAAGCGGGCGACGAAACACCGAUCAAGCAGGAACCUUCUGAGGAAACAUCCUCUCUCAUGGAAGCACCCUCUACUUCUUCCGCUAAUCCCGAAGAGAGACGGAGGAUCAAGAGAGAAGACGAAUAUGAGGCAGAUGACGACGAGUCUGAUGGUUCGCCAAGAGACCGAGGUACAAUUUCGUCCGAGGAAGUCGGUGCGGGGACUGGGCUGGAAAGUGCUGAGGCUCGCGGCGUUCAACGAAGGCGAAGCCGCCUGUUCAAUCACGAGCACUCCUAA